UAGCUAGCUACUAGAAGAUCACACUCAGAGUUCUCUACAGCACCUACUGCGCACACGUCCUUAGAAUGAAAUACAAGGCAGUAUUUGCUAACAGCUUUAGCAGGCACGAACAGAAAAAGUUCGGUUACGGAGCAUUCGCUGGGUGUUUGAUCAUUAUACUUACUUCUUUUGUUGUUUAUAAACCAUCCUUCUCUUAUCUCCCUGUUGCCAACUUAAGAUUUUCAAUUGAUGCUGGAUUAAGACUUCCGACAAUCGAAGAAGCUCCUCAUUUAUUUGCAAACGAGGAAACGAAGCCGGAAAUCAGAAUCCUAUCUAAAACCGAGAGUACAGAGUUAAAAGUUCCAGAUAGAAACAUAAUCCAGCAGAAAAUAAGAACGUUGCCUGAUAACGCACCGAAGCAAGACAUAAAAGCUGCAGAUAACAAAUUGAAGCAGGAAAUCAAAGUUUCAAUUAAUAGUACUGAAAUUAAGCUAGAAGCCAAAUUUUCAAAUACUGAAAUGAAGCCACCUGUGUGUGAUGUUUCUGACAGCAUGACGGAUUUUUGUGAUAUCAGUGGAGAUGUUAGGAUCCAUGGGAAAUCAUCUAGCGUCCUAUUCAGUACUUCAUCUCAAAAUGCCACUUACACGAGGAACGAAUCAUGGAAAGUUAAACCUUACCCUCGAAAAGCAGAUCCAGAAGCUAUGAGUAGCGUUAGCCAAUUUUCGGUAAAAUCAUUUAUCAACAAUAAUGACAAAGAAGUGCCUGAAUGCAAUUUUAGUCAUAAUGUUCCUGCGAUAAUUUUCUCGACUGCAGGGUACAGUUGGAACCAUUUCCACGCCUACACUGAUGUACUGAUUCCAUUAUUCCUCACUUCUCAUAAAUUCAACCAAGAAGUUCAGUUUCUUAUAACCAGUUCAAGCCAGUAUUGGAUUCACAAAUAUGAAGAGAUUUUUAAACACCUAUCUAGAUACCCAAUAAUCGAUAUCGAUAACGAAGACAAUGUCCAUUGCUACAAAAGAGUAAUCGUCGGUCUAAAAGUACACAAGGAGUUUGAUAUUGAUCCUACGAAAUCUCCUAAAGGCUAUUCAAUGACAGAUUUCACUAGAUUCAUAAGAAAUGCAUAUGCAAUAAAUACGAAAUCAUCCGCAAUAAAGAUCAAGCGGAAUCGCAAAAGCAAGAACCAACAACUGCGGCCAAGGCUUCUGCUUGUUUCACGUAAGAGAAGUCGAAAAAUUACAAAUGAAGAUGAAUUAGUUGAUAUGGCUAGAAGCUUGGGGUAUGAAGUAAUUGUCUCCGAACCCCGAACUGGUAUGAAUUACUCGAGAUUUGCUGAAGUCGUGAGUACAUGCGAUGUGAUGCUGGGAGUUCAUGGAGCUGGUUUAACUAAUAUUGUUUUUCUUCCUGUAAAUGCAAUACUCAUUCAGAUUGUGCCAUUGGGAGGACUGGAAGGGGCAUGCAGGACUGAUUUCGGAGAACCGGCAAAAGAUAUGAAGUUGAGGUACUUGGAGUAUAAGAUAAGUGAAAAGGAGAGUUCUUUGAUUCAACAAUAUCCACUUGAUCAUGCUGUUUUGAGAGAUCCUCGUUCAAUUACGAAACAAGGUUGGAAGGCACUUAAGGAUAUAUAUUUAGACAAACAAGAUGUACGUAUUGAUGUUCAUAGAUUUAGACCUACUUUGUUAAAUGCACUUGAGCUUCUCCGUAAAUAGAAGAAUUCCGAUAUUGAGAUACUUAAUGUUGCAUCCUUUUACUCCAUUGAUGUUAAUUCUUGGCUUCUGUUAUAUCUGGUUUGGGAAUUGAAAACUGCUUCUGUUAUGAGUUGGAAAAUAGUGUUUGGCUUUUGCUGACUCGUUUUCCUUGAGAACCGACCGACACUCUUCUUGUCAGGUAUGUAGUUGUUGAUAUUGGAUGCAUGCAGCAGCGUCAUCGAAUCCAAAUUUUUCCAAAAGGGAGUGACGUUUGUUCUCCAAUCACCAUCGAAACUGAUGAUUCAAGAUCGGAGUAUUCAAGCAAGUUCAUAUGGAGUACAACAAGAUACUUGCCAGAAGAUUUAGCCAGCAUGAACAGAAAAAGAUCGGUUAUUGCGCUAUCGGUGUAUUUAGCCAUUGCAUUGCUAACUUCUUUUACAGUCAUCUCUAAGCCUUCCUAUCUUACUACUAGUCAUCCGAUUCUGAACUAUAAUGCUGGAUUAAGAAUGUUAUCGAUCGAUGAAGAUACAAGCAGUAAUUCGCUUCAAAGACUAAGUAUGGCCGUCGUCACUGUUACUGAUACAGAUGAAAUUAAGGGGGAAGCUGAGGGUGCACGUAAUGUUGAUAAUCGGAUGAUACAGGAAAUCAAGCUUACUCCGAAGGUAUUUCAAGCACCGGGAAUGAAUCAUGGAGAAUCAAACCGUACGCUCGAAAAUCAGAUAACUCAGCAAUGAAGGUAGUUAAUGAAAUUUUGGUAAAACCGUUGCUAAAAAACGACUUAAACCAGCCGAAUUGCACUACUUAUCAUAAUGUUCCUGCGGUGAUUUUCUCGGUCGGAGGUUAUGCUGGCAACCAUUACCACGCUUACACCGAUGUGUUGGUACCUCUUUUUCUCACUUCUCAUCAGUUUAACCAACAAGUUCAAUUUCUAGUCACAGAUUUUAGUCCUUAUUGGAUUUCAAAGUACAAACCCAUUCUAAAUCACCUCUCAAAGUAUCCGGUAGUCGACAUUGAUAAAGAAAAUGAUGUCCAUGGUUAGCCAAAGGUCAUAGUUGGUCUCAAAUUUCAUAAGGAUUUAACUAUAGAUCCUCUGAAAUCCCCAAACCGUCAUUACUCAAUGACAAACUUCACUCAGUUCUUAAGGAACUCCUACUCACUAAAGAGAUCAUCUCCAAUAAAAAUGAGAGGUAAUAUUCGUUCAAAGAAACUUCCUAGGAUUCUGAUUGUUUCGCGUAAGAGAACGCGUAAAUUUACCAACGAAGGUGCAAUAGCAAAGAUGGCUAAGAGCUUGGGGUAUGAAGUGAUUGUAGAAGAGCCUGGUGUGACUAAGGAUGCAACGCGGUUCGCGCAAAUGGUAAAUUCAUGUGAUGUGAUGAUGGGAGUUCAUGGGGCAGGAUUAACUAACUUAGUUUUACUACCUCCUAAUGCGGUAUUUAUUCAGAUCAUACCUUGGGGAGGAUUGGAAUGGGUUUGUGGGGUUUCUUUUGAAGAACCAGCAAAGGAUAUGAAGUUGAAGUACUUGGAUUAUAAGAUUACUGAAAAUGAGAGUUCUUUGAUUCAGCAAUAUCCACUUGAUCAUGCUGUUUUUAAGGAUCAUGUUUCGGUUAGAAAACAAGGUUGGCAUGCACUUAGGUCUGUAUAUUUAGAUAACCAAGAUGUAAAUACUGAUGUGAAGAGAUUCAGACCUACUUUGUUAAAAGCACUUGAGCUUCUCCAUAUGUAGAUCAAUUGCAGAAUGGAGAAAUCCAUCAAUGACUUGUUGUAUUGAGUUUUUCUUGUAAGUUAUAUAAAUGAUACAAAUAUCACUGCAA